AUGGGUCGUUUCAACAAAGCCGAGAUAGUAGACCAAUUAGAAACUGGAUUAAAGGGCGCUAAGUUCAGAAUUCUCAAUGAGAUCCUAUACCGUAAGAAAGAGAAAGAACUCAACCCAGAACUCUUUAAAAAGUACCAUGAAGGGUUCAAACACCAAGUAGAAAAGUGGCCUUUCAAUCCUCUUGCCACCGUCAUCCGCCAACUGACUAAAGCUGAUGCCAAACUAGUAAUUGCCGAUUUAGGAUGUGGAGAGGGUGAAAUUGCCCGUAAGUUUAGAACCAGAAAGGUUUAUUCCUUUGAUUUGAUUAAGCCCGAAGGCAAGAACAGUAUUAUUGAAGCUGAUAUUCGAGCUUUACCACUAGAAGACAACUCAGUAGAUAUUGCCGUCUUAUGUUUAGCACUUAUGGGUGAGGAUGCAGCUCCAUACAUUGCCGAAGCCUGGCGUAUUCUUAAACCCAACGGAGUAUUGAAAAUAGCCGAAAUUCGCAGUCGACUAUCUAAAAUAGAUCAUUUUGUUAAGCCAGUUAUAUCCCAUGGGUUUACACUUCUCAAAAAGGAUCUAGAAAGUAACUUCUUCUGUUUCUUUGAUUUCAAAAAGGCCGGUAAAAGAUCGCAGACUCUUCCUCCCAUUCCCAUGAAGCCAUGUGUCUACAAAAAGAGAUAA